AUGUUAUCAACAAACAAUCAUUUCCAAUUUACAAAUAAUCCAAAUACCACUAUUCGAUGUUCACCCUACACUCAUAAUACCAACAAUGAUUUGGUCCAAAAGAUCAAGACCUAUGCCACUGCCAAUCAACAACGUGGUCGAAGAAAUUCAUCAUAUUUGUCGAGGUUCCCAGUUUUAUCAAAUAACCUUAGUGGCGAGGCCGUUGUAUUAGUGGCCAAAAAGAUAUGUGACUGGGUUGUCCAAAGUAAUAUCAAUGGAAAGAACCAACAACGAAUUAACCUUUUGCCACUGGAAAAGAUGGAAAAGGGUGUUUUGGAAAUACUAGAUACCAUCAUGAAGUGGAUUCUUGAUGAUAUGAAUGAACCACCAUUCAUCCUUUUUGUCGGCAUUUAUUUGGCCGAUAAAUAUGUAAAUAGAGUUGGAGUUAGACAAAGCCAAGUUUUAUGGUUAAUUUUAACAAGUUGUAUAAUAGCUAUAAAGAUGUACUCUGAUUCCCAGAAUAUAAGUAAUAUUAAUAUUGCACAUAAAUUUCAAACAAGCACAAAGAAUCUAUUAAAGAUGGAGUCUGAAUUUUUAACCACCAUUGGAUAUAAUUGUUAUGUUGAGGAAUCGACAAUUAUUGCAUUUCUCACAUCAAUCUACAUGGAACAUAUUUGUAAUAUAACCGACAAAUCAUCAAUGUUAUUUUCAUUGAUUCAACAACAACAACAACAACAACUUCAGCAACAACAACAACAACAACAAAAUUAA